GCCUGAAGAAUCACCAAUGCCAACACCUCGUUCAAAUGUGUCAUCUCCUGGUCCAGAUCUGGCCCCAUUUGAAGAUGAAGGUGCUUUACUUGGAGAUAUCAAUUCUGAUAUUGAAGAAGAAGAUGGAGAAGAAUUGUUUGGCGAUAAUAUGGAAAACGAUUAUCGUCCCAUGCCCCAUCUAGAUCGUUAUGAUGACCGUAUAUUAGAUGAGGAUGAUUAUGACCAAAUGUCUGUUGGAGAACGUCUUGCUGCUGAAGAAGAACUACGGAGAAGAGACAGGGAGCUGGGUAUAAUUAGAAGAGAUGAUCGAGAACUUUUUUAUGAUCAAGAUGACGAUGAAGAGGAUCCCAGGCAAAGAAGACGUAAAGAGGCAGAAAAGGCUGCUGCCGGGGAAGAAGCUGAUGCUGAAAUGAUUGAAUCAAUCGAAAACUUAGAAGAUACCAAAGGAUAUACAAUUAAAGAAUGGGUUGUUAUGAUUGGUCCAAGAACUGAAAUUGCAAAUAGAUUUAAAAACUUCUUGAGAACUUGUACUAACAGUAAAGGUCAAUAUAUCUACAAGGAUAAAAUUAGAAGAAUGUGUGAGAAUAACCAGUCUAGUUUCAAUGUUGAGUUUCCUAGUUUGGCUCACAAGGAACAUGUAUUGGCUUAUUUUUUGCCUGAAGCACCAUUUCAGAUGAUAGAAGUUUUUGAUGAAGUUGCUAAGGAUAUAGUUCUUUCAAUGUAUCCAAGUUACGACAGAGUUACUAACGAAAUUCAUGUUAGAAUUUCUGAUUUACCACUUAUUGAAGAACUCCGUACUUUUAGGAAACUUCAUGUAAAUCAACUUGUAAGAACUUUGGGUGUAGUAACUGCAACGACAGGUGUUCUUCCCCAACUGUCUGUUGUCAAAUUUGAUUGUGGAAAAUGUGGAUUUGUAUUAGGACCGUUUACACAAACACAAGAAUCAGAAGUUCAACCCAAUGCUUGCCCACAGUGUCAGAGUCAUGGACCAUUUAUGAUCAAUAUGGAACAAACAGUUUAUCGCAACUACCAGAAGAUCACUCUACAAGAAUCUCCUGGUCGUAUUCCCGCAGGUAGGGUACCCAGAUCAAAAGAUUGCAUUCUCUUGGCAGAUCUGUGCGACCGCUGUAAACCUGGCGAUGAAGUUGAUAUUACCGGAAUCUAUACUAACAGCUAUGAUGGUUCCUUAAAUACUGAUAAUGGUUUCCCAGUAUUUUCCACUGUAAUUUUAGCUAAUUAUUUGAUUGUCAAGGACUGCAAGCAGAUCGUUCAAUCUUUAACAGAUGAUGACAUUAAUUCUAUUAUUAAGAUGAGUAAAGAUCAUCGGGUGUCUGAUAGGAUUUUAACCUCUAUAGCGCCAUCUAUAUAUGGACAUGAUUUUAUUAAAAGGGCGUUAGCUAUGUCUCUUUUCGGAGGAGAAUCUAAAAAUCCAGGUGACAAACAUAAGGUUAGAGGUGACAUAAACGUUCUUAUCUGUGGAGAUCCAGGUACUGCUAAAUCGCAGUUUUUAAAAUUCGUAGAGAAAAUUGCUCCAAGAGCAGUUUUCACCACUGGCCAGGGUGCCAGUGCUGUAGGUUUGACAGCUUACGUAAGAAGGGAUGCUGCGACCAGAGAAUGGACAUUGGAAGCCGGUGCUUUGGUUUUGGCAGAUCAAGGUGUUUGUUUAAUUGAUGAGUUUGAUAAGAUGAAUGAUCAAGAUCGUACAUCAAUUCACGAAGCCAUGGAACAACAGUCUAUCUCCAUAUCAAAAGCGGGUAUAGUCACCAGUCUUCAAGCAAGAUGUUCAGUAAUCGCCGCUAGUAAUCCUAUCGGUGGACGUUAUGAUGCCAGUAUGACUUUUGCCGAAAACGUUAAUUUAUCCGAUCCUAUUUUGUCUCGUUUUGAUAUAUUAUGUGUAGUAAGGGAUGAAGUGGAUCCCAUUCAAGAUCAACAUUUAGCUAGAUUUGUAGUCGGUUCACAUAUUCGUCACCAUCCGUCAAAGAAAGAACAGGAAUUACCCGAGGAACCAGAAAAUGAGAUGCAGAUUCCACAAGAAAUGUUAAAGAAGUAUAUAGUGUAUGCUAGACAGAAUAUUCAUCCAAAAUUACAAAACAUGGAUCAAGAUAAAGUUGCUAAUAUCUAUAGUCAAUUGAGACAAGAAUCUUUGGCUACUGGUUCCUUACCAAUCACCGUCCGUCAUAUUGAAAGUAUUAUUAGAAUGAGCGAAGCACACGCCAAAAUGCACCUAAGGGAAUAUGUACAAGAAGACGAUGUUAAUAUGGCAGUAAGGAUGAUGUUAGAAAGCUUCGUAGAAACCCAAAAAUAUAGUGUGAUGAAAUCCAUGAGACAGGUAUUCCAAAGAUAUUUACUCUUUAAGAAGGAUCACAGUGAGCUCCUCUUCUACAUAUUAAGACAACUUGCACAGGAUCAACUUACCUUCCAAAGAAAUACCACAGAAAUGGAAGCACUAACUAUAGAGAUUGACGAGAAAGAUCUUAUGGAUAAGGCCAAACAAAUCGAUAUUCACGAUCUAAAGCCGUUCUACCAAAGCCAAAUAUUCGAAUCUAACAACUUCGUCUAUGAUGCCAAGAGAAAAGUGAUUAUACACACAGUACCAGAAACGAUGAUCACAGAAGAUUAA